AUGAACGGCAUCACAACCGAGAAGACGAAUGGCCACGUGGAGAAAGGAUAUUUGAAGCACCAGAUCCCGAACCCCACAGUCGUGUGGCAGUCCUUGCAAAAGGUCAUCCCCUUACAGGAUCGUAACAUCAGAUUUUGGUGGCACCACACGGGCUACCAUGUGGCUUGUAUGGUUGACGCUUCCGGAUACUCUAUAGAGAAGCAGUACGAAGUGCUGCUUUUUCACCUGCAUUUCAUAUGUCCUCGACUAGGACCGGCUCCCGAGAGCGAUGGAAAGUCGAGAUGGCAUUCCCUGAUGGCGCACGACGGUUCCCCUCUGGAAUACUCCUGGAAGUGGAAUACAUCCACAGGAAAGCCAGAUAUACGAUACUCAUGGGAGCCCUUCAACCCAGGUUCGGGCAGAACCACUGACCCCCAUAACCAUGCACUAUCGCUGGAUUACAUGAGCACAGUGAAGAACGUUCUGCCCGGUGUGGAUUUCUCCUGGAUUACUUCGCUCUUGGAAGAGAUCGAGAAGGGCGAUCAAAAGGCCUCGCACUUUCUCCACGCCGUGGAGUAUAGCCAGACAAAGCCCUUUGGUCUCAAGUCCUAUUUCCUACCACGAGACUAUAAGAUCCUGCAAGCAGGCAGUGCAACAACCAUGAAUGAAUGGGACGAAAUCAUCCUGAAACUCAAUCCGAACAACAAGGGGCGCGAUACGUUGAUGGAAUUUCUCUCGAACAAUCCCCAGGGCAAGCUCCUACAGCCGUGCGUACUAGCCGUAGAUAACGUGAAGCCCGAGAAGUCGCGGCUGAAACUCUACUUCAUGACACCGCACACAAGUUUCUCUUCUCUCCGCGAGAUUGUCACCCUUGGUGGAUCACGCGACGUUCCGGAAUCCAGCUUCCAAGACCUCAAGUCUUUCAUCUGGACGCUACUAGGAUUGCCUGAUGACUUCCCAGAAGACGCUAGUGUUCCCGCGCAUCCACCUGUCGCCAAGACGUGGUUAGAUGAAGAGAAUCUCGUUGAGUGCUUUGUUUACUUCUUUGAUAUCGCACCGCAUAACAGCGAUGUUGACGUCAAAUUCUACCUGCCGACGAGGAGGUACGGCCCGGACGAUCGGCAGAUUGCCACGCGGCUUGUGGAAUGGAUGGAGUCGAGAGGCCGUGGAGCUUGGUGCGGUCGAUACUUGCAGAUGCUGGAGAAGCUGGCUGAGCACCGUGGGUUGGAGAACGGAAAAGGAUUGCAUAGCUAUAUCAGCUAUCAAGUGGGAAAGGGACCGGAGCCGGAUAUCAAGUCUUAUCUUACACCAGAGACAUACCACCCGGCACGCUACAUGUUGUCUGCGUAG